UGUGAACGACGAUCGCCCUCUGCACAGUCUCAACCUUUCAGUUACGUACCCAAUGUAAGAGUCUUCUUGUUAACGGCGACCUCUCCCUGAUACGAAACUAUCACAAAUUCCUCGAAUGGCUCUUCCACCAAAGUUCUCCGGCCAGCUGCUGGCCUCGGCCGCGAGCAACGAAGCAAAGCACACCAUCGAGCUUUAUUUGGACUAUGUCUGCCCUUUCUCCGCGAAGCUGUUUAAGACUUUCUACAAGAGUGUUGCACCUGUUAUUGAGAAAAAGUACAGCAACCCUGGUAUCCGCGUUAUCUUCCGUCAACAGAUCCAGCCAUGGCAUCCUUCUUCUACUCUGGUCCAUGAAGCCGGUGCUGCAGUCCUGAAAAUCGCCCCCGGCUCCUUCUGGUCAUUUUCCGAAAAGCUGUUUGAACAACAAAAGGACUAUUUCGACGUCAACGUGGUGAACGAGGGGCGCAACGAGACGUACAAGAGACUUGCCAAGCUGGCCGGCUCUGUGGACGGGGUUGACGAGAAGACCAUUCUGGACUUGUUGCUGGUACCUGACAAGCCGGACAAGGACGGUGGACUCAACAUUGGGAAUAAGGUCACUGACGAUGUCAAGUUCAUGGUCAAAGCGAACAGAGUCACCGGUGUCCACGUAACACCGACCGUCUUGUUCAAUGGCGUAGAGGAACGCAGCAUCAGUUCCGGUUGGACAUUAGAGCAAUGGGAGGAGUGGCUGCAAAAGAACGCGAGCUGAAAGAGAGAUGCCAGACCAGCAACGAGUCGACGGGACUGUGACAUGGAGACCAAAAGACGCUUGCAGACGACAAUGAGUAGCGUGCAAGUACACCAUCCAUUCUUUCAUGGGUUUGAACUGGGUCGGUGGUUGAGCUGAUGAGGCUAUGCUAAACCUGACUGACCACCAACAUCUUUGUGCCUAAAUUCUUUGGCCAUCGUGGGAUCCAUUCAUCAAGACAUACACAAACUGGUAGUAAGCACGCCCGCUGAAUGCACAUUUGAACACGGUUCCUUUGGUUCCGGAGAAAACGCCCUCCCAAUGCUGCGCUAGUCGGAGAAGUUGAUUCGGAUGAGAUUGUGUCAAGAUCAAUGAGCAGGAGGCUGGUAUCCAAUCGGUCGUCUACUGGUGUCAGCGCCUGGACACAUGUGAAAUUCGCCAGACUUACUUGAAUAGCAGGAUAUGUGGUUCCGGCUCGUGGACUUCAUAGUGCUCCCAUCCUAGGCUC